GCAGAGAUCCCACAGAAAUUUUCCCAGGUGAGGGAAGACCCAGGACGAUUCCAUUCUCACCGAGGAAUUUGCGACUCGCCGGCUCUUUCCACCUCCACUCACUUUGCCCUCUUCUUUUUCUUGCCAUUGCGACGGAUAAGAGCCAUCUCCUGGCCCAAUACACAUGUCUGCGCCUCCAUCUUGGUUAUUCUCCAACAACUUCACAAAAGCCAACAACACAAGCACCUCUACGGCUUCCGCGACAACGCAACCAGACAAAAUGGCCAAGGUCAAGAAGUCCGAGAAGAAGGUCAAGGCCGAGGCCACCUCCACCAAGCAGGCUCCUCCCGCCCAAUUGAUGGACCUCGUCGACUCCUUCCUCUCCGAGAACGCCUUCACCUCUGCCCACGAGGCCUUCCAGAAGCAGCGCGCCAAGAGCGGUUGGAAGCCUUCCAAGAAGGAAGCGGGCCAGACCAACCUCGUUACCGUCUUCCAGACCUGGCAGACUUCUUCCACCGCUCCGACCACCAGCGAGAGCUCGAGCGACAGCAGCUCGAGCGAGGAUGUGGAUAUGGCCGAUGCGGCUGCCGCCGCCGACAGCGACAGCGAUAGCAGCUCCAGCUCCAGCUCCAGCUCCAGCUCCGAUUCCGACUCCAGCAGCGACAGCGAGAGCGAAGAUGAGAAGCCCGAGCCUAAGGCCAAGCAGAGCCUGAAGCGCAAGGCGCCCGAGUCCGACAGCAGCAGCAGUGAUAGCAGCAGCAGCAGCGACAGCGACUCUUCCUCAGACGAUUCCAGCUCUGAAGAUGAAGCCCCCAAGGCCAAGAAGCAGAGGGUCAAGAAGGACGAUAGCAGCUCCUCCUCCGACUCGUCUUCCGACUCCAGCUCGGACAGCUCCAGCGAAUCUGACUCCUCCUCAGACUCAGACUCUUCCGACAGCGACAGCGACUCUGACUCCGACUCUGACGGCUCUGAGGCCGCAAAGGUGCCCCUUCCCGAAUCCGGCUCCGACUCCGACUCCUCUUCUUCCUCUUCCGAUUCGGACUCCGACUCAGACGCAGACACCAAGAAGAAGGCCAAGAAGGAAAAGGCACCCACCGACAGCGCCUCCCUCUCCUCCGCAACCCUCGAGAAGACGUCCCCCGAGCUCAAGCCCGCGACGUCCACGGCCGCCGACCCGCCUCUGCCCCCCGACCCCAUGACCUACCGCGCCAACAACCGCGGCGGCAAGAAGGAGAAGAAGGAGCCCAACAAGCCCUUCUCCCGCAUCCCCGACGUCGUCUACGUCGACCCCCGCUUCGCCAGCAACGAGUACGUGCCCAACGACUACUCGCAGCGCGCUCACGAGGACCUCAUCGUCACCAAGGGCAAGGGCUUCACCAAGGAGAAGAACAAGAAGAAGCGCGGCGCCUACCGCGGCGGCAUGAUUGACAUUUCUAGCAAGAAGGGCAUCAAGUUCGACUGAGGUCCGCUUUUUAGCUAUAGUUUCUUGACGACACAUGCAUAUUCGGUUCUCGGAGUUUGGGAUCCCGAAGAAAAGAAGUCUGCUUUUUGCGUUCUGGUUUUUGGUGGUGAAAAUUAAAAAGGGGAUGGCCGGUUUGACUUUGGCAUUGCGUUUAUUAGUCUGCUUCAGAGAGCUUUGAAAAGCAUGACGGCUGAUUAUUCUUCGAGAGGAUGGAAAAAAGACCAGAGAGGGAGAGAGAGAGCUUGGUACGCGGCAUAAUCAC